AUGUCUCAAGUUGAUUCAAUUUUUAUUUCUUGUGACAAUCGAAAACAUCAUGAGCAAUGGACCAAAGAAUGGCCCAAAAUAAAAAGUGUCUUCACCGAUAUUACACCUAUCUGUGAAGCACUCAAGGAACUUGCGCAUCAAUGUGAGCAAAAUGCCAUUCCCAUGAGUUUCGUGGGAUCAAAUAAAAAGUUGGAUCAAUUAGAUCCUUCUUUUAUGUACACCCAAAUCAUCAAAGAAAUAUUAUUAACCAUUGACUUCGACCAAAAUCACCUUCACGAUUAUAUUAAUUACUGUUGUGAUAUUUUUCCAGAUAACAAAAAACAAAUAGAAAGUAUUAAACGAUUAGAAGAUGAAUACCACAACAAAACACUCAUCUAUUGGUACACCUGUGACAUGUUCUUGUAUCCCAUGCUCAAUCGUGCAUUACGAUUGAUGGAUAGUGAUAACAUCACACGGAUGGGCUUCUUCAUUGGUGAUCUCCAUCGACAAAUUGAACAGCUGCACCAGGAACAAUAUACUGGUACAACUGCUGAAGACACCUUCACCGUUUAUCGAGGUCAAGGUUUAUCCACAGGAGAUUUUGAACAAAUGAUGGAAACCAAAGAUGGUCUUAUUUCGUUCAAUAACUUCUUGUCUACCAGUAAAGAUCGUGACGUUUCCUAUGCUUUUGCUGCAAGCAAUCAGGCCAAUCCAGAUUUAUUUGGAAUACUCUUCGUUAUCAAAGUGCAUCCAUCGCCAUCAACAUCACCAUUUGCUUCUAUUGCUGGUAUUAGUAAGUUCAAAGAUGAAGAGGAAGUCUUAUUAUCCAUGCAUAGCGUUUUUCGUAUACAGAAUAUGAAACAGAUGGGUGAAAAUACUCAUUUAUAUGAAGCCAACUUGGUACUGACGGCCGACAACGAUCCAGAAUAA